CUUUAAGUGUGCUUAGUCUCACUACUCACUUUCUGUCGUUUUUUUUCUUUCUUAAUUCUCACAUUCCUUUCAGGCUCGACCGAGCACAAUGGUCGCUAAACUCUCGUUCCUCUCUUUUCUAGGCCUGGCGCCUCUCUUUGCUGCUGCGCAGCUUUCCGGUUCCGUGGGACCCCUCACGUCGGCUGCGACCAAGGCUGCUACCAAGACCUGUAACGUUCUCGAUUAUGGCGCUGUGGCCGACAAGUCGACCGAUCUGGGUGCUCCCCUGGCAUCUGCCUUUGCUGAGUGCAAGUCGGGUGGUCUGGUCUACGUCCCCGAAGGCGACUAUGCCAUCUCCACCUGGGCGCGGUUGAGUGGUGGUGAGGCCUGGGCUCUGCAGAUUGAUGGUAUCAUUUACCGUGACAGCGACACUGGCGGAAACAUGAUCUAUAUCGAACACUCCACCGACUUCGAACUGUUCAGCAGCACUUCGGCUGGUGCUUUCCAGGGUCUGGGCUAUGAGCUCCACGCCGAAGACAACUGGGAAGGUCCUCGUCUGCUGCGUCUGUAUGAAGUCACGGACUUCUCUAUUCACGAUUUCAUUCUGGUCGACUCUCCCUCUUUCCACCUUUCGCUCGACACCUGCGCCAACGGCGAGGUCUACAACAUGGCUAUCCGCGGUGGUGACCACGGUGGUCUGGAUGGUAUUGAUGUCUGGAGUACCAACAUCUGGGUUCACGAUGUCGAAGUGACGAACAAGGACGAGUGUGUUACCGUCAAGAGCCCUGCGAAGAACAUCCUGGUUGAGAGCAUCUACUGCAACUGGAGCGGUGGCUGUGGUAUGGGCUCCUUCGGAUCCGACACCAACGUCAGCGAUAUCGUUUACCGGGACAUCUACACCUGGAGCUCCAACAACAUGAUGCUGAUCAAGAGCAACGGAGGAAGUGGCUUCGUCGAGAACGUUCUCCUCGAGAACUUCAUCGGCCAUGGCAACGCUUACUCCCUGGACAUCGACAGCUACUGGUCCAGUAUGAGCGCUGUGGAGGGAGAUGGUGUUCAGCUGAGCAACAUCACCAUCAAGAACUGGAAGGGAACUGAAGCCGACGGUGCGGAGCGUGGCCCCGUCAAGGUGCUCUGUGCCGACGGUGCCCCUUGCUACGACAUCACCAUUGAGGACUUUGCCAUGUGGACCGAGGAGGGUGACACUCAGUGGUACUCUUGCGAGAGUGCCUACGGUACCGGAUUCUGCCUGGAGGACAGCUCCAACACUGUGUCCUAUGCCGUCACCACCACGACUGUCAGCAGCGCCCCCUCCGGCUACUCUGCCGCCAGCAUGGCCGAUGAUCUGACUGCGGCCUUCGGCUCCACCGUCUCCAUCCCCAUCCCGACCAUCCCCACCUCUUUCUACCCCGGUGCCACUCCCUACAGCGCUCUGAUGGCCGACAGCGCUUCCUCUUCCACCUCUGCCAAGGCCCACCCUGCCGUUGGCACCAGCAGCUCCGUCGCCACUGCUAGCGCCAGCGUUUACGUUGCCGCCGCGAGCGCCCCGGCCGUGACUUCGGCCGUUGCCCCCGUUGCCCCCGUUGCCGUGUCUAGCGCUGCUGAGAGCGCCCCCAGCGCCGCUGGCCAGGCCCAGAAGGGUCAGCAGGGCCAGCAGGGUCAGAAGGGCCAGCAGGGUUUCAGCAGCGGUGCCCACACCCCGGAGCCUCCUUUCGGUUCCGAGGAGGAGGACUGCCAGGAGUAAGGGACGGGCGUCACCCCAGCCCUGCCGGUAACCGUGCUCCUCGGUAGUACCGGAACGACGGCGGUAAUUUGUUUGCGUGGAGGUUGUAUUAUAUAGGCGAUGUACAUAGCUUUAGCUCAGUUAUAAUGGUAGCUGCUGUGCCAGCAUUGUG